AUGGCUUCACGGUUUAGAGGAUCCUUUAAGCACAAUACACCAGCAAAAGACCUUCAGGCAGACAGUUUAGGGUUUAUUCCAACCCAGAGUUCCAGUGUGCAGUGGGCAGAAGACAUCUAUAACUCGCCAAGUACUCAGCCCAUCUUUUCAACAAGCAACAAUGGCUGCUGGGCAAAGCAGGAGCUGCAGAAUCUCUGGGAGAUGUUUACCUCAUGGUUGCAACCAAAAAAGCAGACUAAGAAGCAGAUGAUUUCUCAACUGGUCUUGAAGCAGUUUCUCCUCACUGGGCACUGCAAGGACAAGUUUGCCUUGAUGGAGAAGUGGAAAGCUAGUGGUAGCAACAUGGAGAGAUUCAUGGAGAAUGUGACUGAUGAGUGCUUGAAGCCUCCUGUCAUGGUCCAUGUCUCCAUGCAAGGACAAGAGGCCUUGUUUUCUGAAAACAUGUCACUAAAAGAAGUCAUCGAGCUUUUAAAACAACAGCAAUCAGCAACAAGGCCAACACCAGAGAAUGCAAGGAUGCCAGUGGACAUCACACUGACCACAGAUUGUCUUCUUUCCAAAGGACAAGAAAGCAGUGAAAAUGAGUGCAAUACUUCUUGGAAUGUUACUGAAGUAACUGUUGGUGAUGGCUGUACAGGAAAUGAGAACAACUCCCUUCUUAUUAUCCAGAAAGAGCAGUAUCCUGAGUGUGAAGAGGGAUGUGUUGUUUCUCAAUUCCCUCAAGGUGGCACAAGAGCAAGUCAAGGCAACUCCAGCCAUCAUGUAGAGUUCCUGAGUACUGCUACUACUGCAGAUGUCCCCAUGCAGGCACAUCCAAUGGUUUUCUGCAGAAGAAACAUCUCUGAAGACAGGAUGGAUUGCUAUAACACUUCCAGAAGUGAUACUCAAUUAAACAGUGGUGAUGAUAUUCCCAGGAACAAGAUGGACUCCCUUUUCAUUAGGCAGAGAAUGCAUCCUCCUGAGUCUGAGAUGGCAGAUGUUUCUUAUGGGGUUCCUCAGGAUUCUAAAAGUCAAGGAACAUCCACAUGCCAGCCAGAGUCACUUGAGGAAGCUUUUUCUGAAGAAAACCCUAAGGAGGUAACAGGGUUUCUCUCUAGGCCAGAGCAGUCUGCCUCUACCUCUGAGCCUGUCCUUCUUUGUCAGAAUCAUGAGGCAAACUCACCACGUGAAAGUCAUCCAAAGAGAUUCCGUAGAGGUCCCAAACCAUACAAGUGUGACAAAUGCCCUAGGACGUUCAAAUAUGCCCGUAGCCUGUCAUCCCACCAGAGAACUCACCUGAAUAAGAAGUCAUUCGUCUGUGUCACCUGUCAGAAAAUAUUCAAACGAUUCUCCGACCUCCGAAUUCAUGAGAUCAUACACAAGCCAGAGAAGCCUUUCAUAUGCAGCACAUGCAACAAGUCCUUCAGCCACAAGACCAACCUGAAGGCUCAUGAGAGGACUCACACAGGAGAGAAGCCUUAUGCCUGUCCCCUAUGUAGCAAGUGUUUCUGCCAAUCAUCUACAUACCACCGUCACCUGAGGAAAAUCCACAAAUCUGACUGA